UCGAUGCUGUUAUCUGUGGGGGAUAUGGUGAGCAAAUAAGGAUGGCAGUGUCUUUAUUUAUCAAAGAAAAGGAGAAAGGGCUGCAAGAAAUUAAUUCUUUUGAACCUAUUUCCACAGCAGCUCUAAUGGCAAGGCUGCAUCUGAAAUUUUCGCAGAGAUCAUGGAGUGGAACUGAAAACCUUGUUCGUGCUUACAUGGAUAGACCCAAGACUCGUUCAACUACAUCAAAGCAUUCCAUAUCCUCUUGCCUGGAGAAACUGCAAAGAGCCAUAAAUGCUGAACCUUUGUUUGCUGUGACGAGGAAAUUGGAAUUAUUAUCUAAACAAAAGCGACUGAACUGUCAUACUAGCCCCAAUGGAACUGCUUUCUAUAUCACAACUGAAAUGUUCUACAUAGAGAUUCAGUUGAAAGCAGAUGGAGAACCGAUAGAGAUAAAACUGGCUCACCCUGGAGAAUCUCCUCAGAACUGUGAAGACCUGCUGCAGGUUCUAAGAAAGAAAGAUUAUGAUACCUUUGGAAAGAUUUUGGAAGAACUUCUCAGUAUUUACCAAAUUCCAGGAAGCAGCAAAACAAAAGCCAAAGUGUUUCUUGCCCUGCAGUCUUUGGAAAGAGACAUCACUUCCCUGUCUCUUUUGCCCAGAGCACUAGAUACAGAGAGAACCACCAAAAUACUUCAUGGAAAAAUAGGAUACCUUAGGCCAAGAACUGCAGAAACACCUAUGAGUCUCGAAUUUUAUCUGUCACCCAUGCAAAUCUUGGAAGAACAGCUCACUCCAGGCUUGCAGGUACCUGGCAUGAAGGUGUUUGUAACAAUUGGAGGGUCUGAUGUAGCUUACAAACUUCCUAUCUAUCCACUGAUAGGGAACUCUUUGACAGAAACUGAUAGCCAACCUGUCUUCUUGCCCCUGACUGCAAAGCUCUGCAUGAAAUUCUCAGCUUGCUUCUUCCUGAAGUUCCAUCCACCUUUUCCAGUGUCUUCAUCCAACAUUGAGAAGCUACAGAAGCUUACAGGAAUUGCAAUAGAUGGCUUGAACCUAGCUCCUCUUCAUGAGUUGAUUGUUCAGCACGCCCUUUCUGAAAAACACAAAUAUAAUCCAGCAGUUAACAACUUUUUUGUUGUGUGUCUUCCAGAUUGCCCAAAGCACUGUUAUUACAUAAACAAUGGUACAGGAGCAUCUUGUUUGACCGGUGCAGUGGUCAGUAAACUUCCAUUCACGCAUCUACAGUAUGUGCCUGAUAUAAUUGAAGUUCUCCGGCAUCAAGCAGCAUACAACACACUUGUUAGUAGCUGCAUCUCUGGGAUUGCUAACUCUGAAGUUUCUUCAGAGCUACUUCAUUUUGAAGUUUGUCCGGUGAAAGCCAAUAGCUUUUCGGUUACAUUUCAGCAGCCUGGGGAGGAAAAUCUAGCCUGUGUGUUGAUUGAUGUUCCCAGCUCAAAGGAAGUCAUAUGUACUCUUUAUACACUUUCUAAAGACAAGGUCUUAAAUGGGAUUGAGGAAUUUUUCAACAGAGUUUUGAAGCGGUGCAUGUCUGUCCCUAUUUUUAUGAGAACAGUUUUCAAAAAGGCUUUCAAGCUACAGUCCAAUGAAGCUGUGCAAGGCAUGGAAGAAACAUCUGAACAAAGCCCACAGGAGGCCUCCAAGAUGGCAGACAUGGACGGCAGUGGAGCCAUCUUGCAAAACACUGGACUUGAUUGGGAAUCUUGGAGCCCCGACAUCCUAGAAAGUCUCCCUGACCCAGGUUUCCUAGCUUCACUGAGUGAGGCCAUGGAUAUCACUUUUGCGGAGCCACUGGAUGACAGGACAGAAGCAAACUCUUCCUCAUCAAGUCUCCCACCGCUGGAGCCACUGGAUGACAGGUCAGAAGCAAACUCUUCCUCAUCAAGUCUCCCGCCGCUGGAGCCACUGGAUGACAGGACAGAAGCAAACUCUUCCUCAUCAAGUCUCCCGCCGCUGGAGCCACUGGAUGACAGGACAGAAGCAAACUCUUCCUCAUCAAGUCUCCCGCCGUUGGAGCCAAUGGAUGACAGGACAGAAGCAAACUCUUCCUCAUCAAGUCUCCCGCCGCUGGAGCCACUGGAUGACAGGACAGAAGCAAACUCUUCCGCAUCAAGUCUCCCACCGUUGGAGUCACUGGAUGACAGGUCAGAAGCAAACUCUUCCGCAUCAAGUCUCCCACCGUUGGAGCCACUGGAUGACAGGACAGAAGCAAACUCUUCCGCAUCAAGUCUCCCGCCGUUGGAGCCACUGGAUGACAGGACAGAAGCAAACUCUUCCGCAUCAAGUCUCCCGCCGCUGGAGCCACUGGAUGACAGGUCAGAAGCAAACUCUUCCGCAUCAAGUCUCCCGCCGCUGGAGCCACUGGAUGACAGGUCAGAAGGAAACUCUUCCGCAUCAAGUCUCCCGCCGCUGGAGCCACUGGAUGACAGGUCAGAAGGAAACUCUUCCGCAUCAAGUCUCCCGCCGCUGGAGCCACUGGAUGACAGGUCAGAAGCAAACUCUUCCGCAUCAAGUCUCCCGCCGCUGGAGCCACUGGAUGACAGGUCAGAAGCAAACUCUUCCGCAUCAAGUCUCCCGCCGCUGGAGCCACUGGAUGACAGGUCAGAAGCAAACUCUUCCGCAUCAAGUCUCCCGCCCUUGGAGCCACUGGAUGACAGGUCAGAAGCAAACUCUUCCGCAUCAAGUCUCCCGCCCUUGGAGCCACUGGAUGACAGGUCAGAAGCAAACUCUUCCGCAUCAAGUCUCCCGCCGUUGGAGCCACUGGAUGACAGGUCAGAAGCAAACUCUUCCGCAUCAAGUCUCCCGCCGUUGGAGCCACUGGAUGACAGGUCAGAAGCAAACUCUUCCGCAUCAAGUCUCCCGCCGUUGGAGCCACUGGAUGACAGGUCAGAAGCAAACUCUUCCGCAUCAAGUCUCCCGCCGUUGGAGCCACUGGAUGACAGGUCAGAAGCAAACUCUUCCUCAUCAAGUCUCCCACCGCUGGAGCCACUGGAUGACAGGACAGAAGCAAACAUUUAAUCAAGUAGCCUGCCGGUGUCCUCUUGUGAAAUGGAAGAGCUUCUGCUUUUUACUAGUGAGGAUUCUUAAGGGACAAGGUGGACGAAGGCACCACGGAUGAGUCACAGACUUCACCCAACAGCCCAGAAAGAAAGGAAAUCUAAAGGAGAUGGCAGUGGGAAGUCCUAGUGUCUUUAAGCCUAAUUUUUAUCUUCUAAUACUUGAUGAUGAUUAAAAUUACAAUAAAGGGGUUUUGUUUUUCUUCA